CAGACCGGGUGCAGAGUGGGUGGUGCGCCUCGGGUUACCCGCAGGUGGUGGUAUAAAACACUCGUCGAAGACUUACUGCGGCAUCAGUUCAAGCAUUGAGAUCAGAAGAAGAGGAUGCACUGCUUCACGUGGACGAUUCUAUUGGGCCUACUGGCCAUUGCCUCAGCUGCCGGUGGAGUGGCUCAACGGCAAAGUAGUGGCUACCAGGAGCAGGACACCGCCAGAGCCUUCUACUCUUACGGCUAUAGGGAUGACAGUGCUGCCAGGGCCGAGUACUCCUCCCGUGAUGGCACCUCCAGGGGCUUCUAUUCCUAUGUCGAUGCCAACGGUAAACUUCAGACUGUGCGGUACGAGGCAAAUGGCUUAGAAGGCUUCAAGGCGGAGGCCAGCAAUCAGCCCCAGGCACCUGUGGAUGAGGGAAAAGCCCCGCUGCCAGUUACCGACACGGAGGAGGUCCAGCAGGCUCGCCUGGCUCAUCUAAACGCUUUGCGGGAUGCCAGGGACGAGGCCUUGGCCGCCAGUCUGCGCGAGGAAGCCGCUCGCAGGCAGCAUGAUCAAACAAGGAACAACAAUGAGGAUCAGCAGUCUGGAGAGCAGAGUCUAAGCGAUGAAGAUGCAGCAAUCUUGGAGAGAGUUAGAGCAGAGCUGUCGGCCAUGUUGGCUGAACGUCAGCGAUCGAGCAGUCUGCCCAGAAACAGGGAUGAGGAGGAGCAGCGACAGGAUCAGGAUCAGAGGCAGGAGCUCCGACAGGACCUGAGAGAGGAACAGAGGCAGGAGCGGAGACUGGAGCAAAGGCAGCGACAGGAUCAGCGACAAGAUCAGCGCCAAGAUCAGCGCCAAGAUCAGCGCCAAGAUCAGCGACAGGAUCAGCGACAAAGUCAACGACAAGAUCAGAGACAGGAUGAAAGGCGGGAACAAGGACAAAGGCAGGAUCAACGGCAAGAUCAACGGCAAGAUCAACGUCAAGAUCAGUCCCGUAAUGAGGAAUCCCUGCGAGACUCGAGCAAUAGCCGGGAGACUAAUCGGCAGAUCGAUCUUCCCAACUUACAGAUUUCCUCCAAUCGGGACAAUGAUGAUCUGCGCCUGCGCACCAUCUACUCCCUUUCCGAUCUUAGCUCCAGCAGUUACCUGAAGCUCGGGGAUCUGGCCAGUGCCGAGAAGCUGCUCGAGGAUCGUUUGGACAACACUGAUCUCCGCGUGCCUAUUGGCGCCUACUAUACCCUGGUCUCUCCCAACACCAAGUACAGCGUGACCACGCCCACUGAGCUGAGAACCCUGCGCCCCGUGGCCCUUAGUCGCAGCUUGUUAGUGAGCAAGCGCAACUGAAGGAUCCAAGGAUCGGGGGAAACUGUUGAAGGAUAUUGAUCUAGGCCGUCUUAU